CAGCAGUUGAAUAUAAUCGAUAUAUGAUUUGAUUUGCCACCCCUGUAUGCGCUAAUUGUGAUUGUCAUUUAUGUUCUUCUUGCCACAUACACUCACACACGCAAGCAUAAUAUAUUAUUUGUGUUAAAAGUUAUUGCAAAAAAGAGCAAAAGUGAAGCAACGUAUUUAUUAUUUGUGUGUAUCGUAACAUAUUGCAACAAGUGACAGCAACUUGUAAAUGCAAACUCACAAACGCAUGUAAUUCUAAUAGGACUCGGAGAAAAGAAAAAGAGGAGAGUGUGAAAGAGAAGAGUGGAAGGGUGAAGAGAGGAGGAGAGGAGAAAAAAAACGCGCUGGCAUUGGCACGAAAGUCGCGUUGUUCCCGUUGUGUUCGCGGGAAAUGACGACACGGACACGUCAGGAUGAGCGGGGGGGCAAUGUGGAGGAUGAGGCGAUUACAGCCACAUAUCAUCCACACAAUUUGCCCCCUCCCCCCCCGCACAGUGCCGAAUUGGCCAACUUUCUGGCACAUCAGCAACAUCAGCAGCAACAGCAGCAGCAGCAGCAACAACAACAACAUCAGCAACAUUUGUUGCAACAACAACAGCAACAGGGACAGGCACCUAUGUUGUGGCCACACCCACCACCGCCUCCGCAUUUAGGUGUACAAUAUCCGCCGCAUCAUCCCCAUGCCCAUCCACAUCCCCAUCAUCAUCAGCAACAUGCGCACCAGCAACAUGCACAUCAGCAACAUGCACACCAUCAACAUGCACAUCAGCAACAUCCUCUAGCACACCAGCAACAACCGCAACCGCAGACAGCAGCAGCACCGUCUGGCCAUGUCUAUAACGAAUAUCUGUACAAUUUGGCCUAUACGGCACCAACUGGUCCGCCGGAAACAUACUCCGUGUUGCCGGUGGGUCACGGCAACUUUCUCAAGGUGUAUCAUUGUCCGGAGAAUGCGGUGAAUGAUGUUUAUGCUCAGCAAGCGGCAAACUAUUCGCAUAUCAAUAUGGCAACACUGGGCCAGCAACAUGCCACAGCAACUGUUGCACAGCCAGCAACAACAGCAGCAGCAGCAUCAUCAACAACAGCAGCAGCACAACAAACGCCACCGAUGCAGACGCAACUUUAUGAGCUGUUUGCCACAAAUCCGUUGCUGCCACAGCCCGAAAUGAGCAUUGCAACACAACAGCAGCAACAACAGCAACCGCAGCAGCAACAGCAACCGCCACAACAACCUCCACCUCCACCAGCAGCAACACAAUUUCCACAAUUUGAUGAUGCAGCUGCUCAUGUUGCUGCUGCUGUUACUUCCAAUGUUGCUGCCAGCAACAACGCCAACAUGUUUAUCAACAACCUCGUCAACAAUUGGUCGCCCAAUUUAACUGGCGCCAGUUAUAUACAAUUUGCUGGCGAAGCGCCUGAAAAUCUACAGGUAGCAGCAGCAACAGUUGCUGUUGCAGCUGCAACACAACCACAAACACCUGUCAAACUGCAACAGCAGCAACAGUUGCUGUCUCCACAACCGUUGGAAGUGCAUGCCAAAGCAACAACAAUUACUACAACAACAGCAGCAGCAACUGCUGCUACUGCUGGCGCAACAGCAACAACAGCCACUGCCAUAAAGAAGACAGCAGCAAUUGUUGUGCCUGGCAUGGUUGAGGGCAAGAAACGCAUUGUUGCCGAAGUGAAACCGAUGCCCAUGUCCUACUCGGAUGUCCUCAGCAAGGGCAGCAGCAGCACAUUGCGCAGCCCUGGCAACAUGCUCGCCCACAACAACAGCAAUGUUGCUGGCGAGUCGCGCACUGUCAACAACUUGGAGAACGGACAUGCAACACAGAGACGCAAGGAGGAUAAUGGAAAUGGCAAUGGCAAUCGAGAGUUGCGGAAUAAUGCCAAGAGAUCGCCACUGCAUGAGCUCAAGGAUGUCACGGCAGCAACAGGCAAUGCAACAACCACAACAACAACAGCCUCAACAGCAGCAACAACACAUCGUGGCAAGAAGCGACAGCAGUCAAAUCAAGCAACAACACAUAAGCAACAACAAAUGCCUCUAUUGCAGCAGCAGCAGCAGCAACAACCACAACAGCAGCAACAACAACAGCAGCAACAACAACAGCAACAGGCAACACUGAGACCGAUGAAAUCUUUGCCGGAUAAAAAGCGACCUGCGCAGCUGAAACUCAACAACAACAACAACAACAAUCUGAAUGGAUAUGCGACUAAAACCAGCGACAACAAGCCAAACAACAACAACAAUGCUUCCGGCAGCAGCAGCAGCAGCAACAGCCAAAACUUUUCAACUCGCAAGACCAACAACAACGGCAGCAGCAACAACAACAAUGGAGGCAAUCGCAGCAACAGCAACAAUGCAAAUUACUCAAACAACACAGCAACAACUGGUUCCAGCAGCAGCAACAACAACCACAAUCACAGCAGCAACAACAAUGCAAACUCAACUUCAACCAAACGUUAUUCGAAUUCAACCUCGAAUGCGAAUUUAAGCUCGAAUUCUGGCUCAUAUUCGUACUCCUCGAAAAGGAAUCGCAGCGGAAACUACGCCUCAUCCAAUUCUCCGGCUCAUGGGAUUGCCUCGAAUCGCAACUAUGAGCUGGCCAAGCGGAUACUGCACACCUGGUGGAUCUACACACUCAAGUUGCUCACCUGGCUGUUCUAUCUGGUCUAUGACAUUGUUGUUCUGGGCUGCAGCAUGGCCUAUGAGCGUCUCACCAUGGCCUAUGUCGCUGGAGUCGCCUAUGCCCGCCAGCUGCACAAGGAGCUGAAGCAGAACUCGGGCAAGCCGAGCCUCUGGUGGCGCAACUAUUGGCGACGCUUCGAUGCCCGCUUUCGGAAGAACUCACGCUGGGCACUCUGGAGACGCUUCUACAAGCGGAAGCCGCCCGAGGCAAGUGCCGAGGCCUUCAAGACGGGACGACUGCCCCAGACGGGCGAAGAGGCCAUGUACUCGCUUCUGAACUGUAAGGGCAAGGAUGCCUACAGCAUAUUGGGCGUACCAGCGGACAGUCCGCAGGAGCAGAUACGUAAGCACUAUAAGAAAAUUGCGGUGCUCGUGCAUCCGGACAAGAACAAGCAGGCGGGCGCCGAGGAGGCAUUCAAGGUGUUGCAGCGUGCAUUUGAGUUAAUCGGUGAACCGGAAAAUCGCCUUGCCUAUGACCAAAGCAUUGCCGAGGCACUGCACGCGGAGAAAGCGUGGACGGAGCUGCAUGAUUUGCUGUCGCAGCUGCAAACCAAAAUGACCGAGGCGGCCAAUACAAUAAGAUGCAGCACCUGUGCUCAGCGUCAUCCUCGCAAACUGACCGAACGUCCUCAUUAUGCGGCGCGUGAAUGCGCUUCUUGUAAGAUACGCCACUCGGCUAAGGAUGGUGACAUUUGGGCGGAAACAAGCAUGCUGGGUCUGCGCUGGAAGUAUUUGGCAUUAAUGGAUGGCAAGGUCUAUGAUAUAACCGAGUGGGCCAACUGCCAGAAGGGUGCAUUGUCGCAUCUGGAGCCCAAUUCGCAUAUGGUGCAAUAUCGCAUUGUGCGUGGCGCUCAACAGCAGCAGCAGCAGCAACAACAACAGCAGCAGCAGCAACAACAGCAGCAACAACAUCCACAUCAGCAACCACCACCACCGCAUGCUCAUCAUCCUGGUGGCCCAGCCAGUGGUGUCAGCGAGGCAACUUUGCAUGAAUUUCUGGAUAAUUUGUACAGCGGUCAGCAUCCAGGUGCGCCCAAUGCCACGCCCUUUGCUAGCAAUACACGUCGUCGCGCCCGUCGCAACUGAGAUCACGGAAUGUUGCUCGGAAUAGUUUUAAGUGUUUUUAAAAUCUCUAAUCUACAGUUCUACUCAAAGAUACAGAUGCAGAUACAGAUGCAGAUUCACAUACAGAUAUAUAGAUAGAAGAUAACCUUUAUCACACACACACACACUCAGAACAGCGUCUAGUUCUAUGUUUACUCAACAUAGAGAUGAUGAUUUUUUUGUUGUACUCGUCGUACUAUCGUGCAUAGAUGAUAUAAAUGAUAAAUGAUAACAAUUUGCCUACCACUUAAGUAGUUGACUUCUGUGUUCUACAUUUUACAUUUAACAUUUACCAUUUACACAUUACUCUUACAAAUUACAUAUUUUACUAUCCGCCUAACGCUUAUGGACGGACGGACAGCUUAACACGCUUAGCUCGUAGCAAAAACAAGUCUAGUUCUAAGUUAAAAUAAUAAUUAUAGAACGCAUACGGAUUAAUUAAAUACGUCCUGCGACGACGUAUGCUCCGGCAAAUAUGUAAAAUCUAACACAUCCGAAUUAUAAAUGUUAAUAAAAUCAUAUAGAGAACCUACAAAUAA